UUGAAGAAUAUUUUUACAUCUCAAGUUUUGAUUAAAACAGUUUCAAAAUUAUUUCUCAAUAUGACAUUUUAAAAGAGCCAAAAUACACCAUUCAUACGAGUCAAUUAAGAUGGCUCAGUGUAAGAUGUGUAGGUCAAAACUAAAAUCGGAUGAUGUGAAAAUGUUGGUCAUCGCCAUCUCAAACUUUCUUCUGGACGAAUCAAGCACUUCAGCAAAAUCGAGAAAACAAUGUCUAAACAAAGCAGUCGAUUGCUUGGAAGAUGUUUAUUCCCUGCAGUUAAAAGAUUAUUUUCGUUUCAGAAACCUUCAGCCUUUGAUAGAAACAUACAAAACAGCCAUGGAUCCAAUUCCCAUAAAACAUCGCCUACUUGCUGAAAGCUAUAAGAAAGCAGGAAAUUCUUUAAUGAAAGAUAAAAGCUACAAAGAAGCUGGAGAAGAAUACACAAAAGCUUUAUAUUUUUAUCCUUCAAACCCAGUUUACUUUUGCAAUAGAGCAGCCUCUAACAUAGAACAAGGAGAAACCACGAAUGCAAUGUCCGAUUGCGAGAGAGCUUUGACUAUGGAUAAAACAUACGCAAAAGCAUAUGCCCGUCUUGGACAAGCUUAUUAUCUACGUAAGCGCGCAGAUAAAGCAGUCCGGUGUUUUAGAAAAGCUUUGGAUUCAGAACCUGGCCAUGAUCGAUAUCAAAAAGCGUUAAUGGCACUCAUUCGCUACAAAAAAGCUGGCAAAGCCAGAAUUUUGAAUCAAAUUCUCAGAUUCGGGCGUAACAUAGUACAAUUGACUUCUCUUCCUUUUCAGCUUGAUCAUUGCGAAGGUUCACAGAGUGUUUCGGAAGAUGAUUUCGGAAUUUUAACUGUUUCAGAUGAACUAGAUUAA